GAACUCUCGCGAGAUGAUUGUGCCCCGACGAGAGGGGUCGACGCGAGGAAAAGUGGAAAAAUCGAAUGAUUGAUACGUUUGCGAGAGCGGCUAGCUAGCUAUGUUUCGGUCGCUGCUCGCCAAGUAUUACAGUGCAACGUAUCAGAACCGCAGGAUUUCGAUUCACAGCGUGCAUUUCCCUCCUACGCGCGAGGCAUAAGACGGACACACAGCGCGCGCGCGAGUGUGUGUGUGUGUGUGUGGGGUGGAGGGGUUAAUGAUACGGUUUAAUGUUCGCUAAGCUAAUUCUGGCUAGCUUUGUUUACAUCGAGUGCGCGCCUGGGAUACGUUAGCUGGGCGCUAACCAGACGAAUGUGUGCUACCGGGAGCGGCUCUUCGUUCAGUUAGGCACCGACAGGGAGCCGGUGUGGGGUAGUUAACGGGCUCUAUGGCCAACAUCAACCACCUCUCGUUUAAAUCGUUUGGCUGAUGUCGUAAGCUAACGCUAGCUGCGCGAUGAUGCUAACAUUUUGAUCAUGGGUCGUUUGAUUCACCGUUAGCUGUCAGACAGCGCCUGUGGGGAGAAUGUGAGUAAUUAUAACCAAGGGGUCUGAUUGGUCCUAAUUAAACGGGAACUUGAAUUGUGAUCUGAAAGCUUCUCGUUUGGCGGACUACCACGGACCAGGCGAUGCUAACUUUAGCUAACGUUAGCCGCCUGCAGAGCUAGCUAGCUGCGUUUAUUGAGAAAACCGCUUCGGCAUAAUUCGUCGUCUGUGAUUGUGUCUGUUAUAUAUAUAUAUAAAUAUAUAUAUUCAUGUGCCUGCACUGACGCACUGGAGUGACUGUGUGUCGCUCCGCCAGGCCACCUUGUUUCUCCUCCUAUCCACCCCGAGACUUUGCUUAUCUUUAGCUCCGUUGCAGUGAAGUGGCUGGAUAUAUUUUUUUUUUUGUGUCUUUCUCCCGGGCCGUCUCUCCCCCCCACACCCCCACGAGUCUGCGGAGUGCACUGCUAUGAACCCCGUAAAUGCGACCGCUCUGUACGUGUCCGCCAGCCGGGCCGUGCUGCAGUGUGACCCGCGGCAGCCUCACACCUUCGCGGAGAUGUACAAGCUGCUGCCCUUCUUCCGACAGUCCAUUGCAUGCCUCGUCUGUGGUAAACUGCUCCAGGAUCCCAUUUCCCCAACACAUGCAGAGUGUCAGCAUUAUGUCUGCUUGGGCUGUAAAGGCCAGAAGAUGCAGAUAAGGCCGUCGUGCAGCCGCUGUAAGGAUUAUUCCUGCUUCCAGGAGAACAAACAGCUCUCUUUGCUGGUGCAAUGCUACAGGAAGCUCUGUCUCUAUGUAACUCAUUCGCCGUGGCUGCAGUCGAUCAGCAGCCAUGUGGGAGGGUCUCCAGAGGUUAUGGCCCUGCUCGAGGAGGUGCUAAUGUCUCAUGGAGAUGAAAUAGAGACAGAAGACCCAAGCCUUGCACAGGAUAAUGUGAAUCCAUCUGCGCCGAAGUCCCUUACCCCUACAGAGGCAACACCUGCUCCUGCAGAGCUGUCGGCUGUGCCCCAGAGCUCCUCCUCAGACCCUCCUUGUUCCAAUGGACCACAGGAAUGCAAUGGAGCAGUGCUGGAGGACCUGGAUCCUUCUUCUCCUGAGCUGGAAGUAUGCGAGCUGGUAGAGGAGCAGCCACAGGCAGGCCUGUCUGUGUCCAGUACUGGUUGUGGUGGUCUGGAACUGAGUCUGACCACUGGACCUUUAGCCCCAACUCCAGGCACUGUGUGCUCACUCAGGGAUGGGGAUACUAGCAGCAGGGAGCUGGAGGAGGGGGAGGUGUUGCUUCUCAGUGUGGAGGAGGUGUUACAGACUUUGGAUCCCCUUCAACCUGGCAGAGAUUCUCCUUAUUCACAGCCAGAACGUAUGCACACUCACACUCACACACACAUAACCACGGACAGAGCACACGCUCCAAUGUACAUACAGCUGGACGCAGCUCACAACUACACGCAGAUUCAAACCGACAGGACUAACGCCGUGGCGAGUCACGGUGCUCACAUACACACGUCGUCUUUCGAUCCUCCUCCAACCUCCAAGCCCCCGCCGGUCCGCCUUAAACGAAAACGUUCUCGUUCGGAGAGCGAUAGGGAAAAGGUGAAACCCCUCCCUAUCGCCUCCAUCCUACAGGGCCCUCCCUCACAUUUACACACUCCAAACCCUUCUCAGACACUGUACAUGCAACCGCCCACGCCCUCCUUAACUGUACCAGCGCACACGUACUCUGCCCUCCCUAACGGGGCGCCCCCCAAGCUCAGUCGGCCUGCGCCGAACCACAAUAAAGGCGCCAGGAAGCAUGUUGAUGCGGGCCUCAAGAAGCCCCAUGCGAAGGCACGCAGUGGUGGAGGCUCCAAGGCCAAGGACGGAAGCAAAGACCAGCGGUUGAUGUCGGGCUGCCUCGUGCCCCCGGCACCCGUUAGGCCGACGUAUAAGAAGCCUGCAGAGAAGAAGGGCUGCAAGUGUGGCAGGGCCACCCAGAAUCCAUCUGUACUGACAUGCAGGGGCCAGCGCUGUCCCUGUUAUUCAAACCGAAAGGCAUGCUUGGAUUGUAUCUGCCGAGGAUGCCAGAACUCCUACAUGGCUAACGGGGAGAAGAAGCUCGAGGCCUUCGCCGUGCCGGAGAAAGCCUUGGAGCAGACGCGGCUCACGCUCGGCAUCAACCUCACCAGCAUCACCGCGGCCGCCGCACUCCGGAACCCGGCAACCACCAGCAUCCGCACUAACACCCUCCUCAACGUCGCCACAGCAACCGGGAGCCCCGUAACCACAACCUUUCUGUCCCCCAGCUCCCCGCAAGAGCCCAACUACGAGGAUAGCCUGGAGCUGCUGAUUGGCUGAGAGGCCGGGACUCCCAAAAAAAAAACGGACAGCUCGACGCCGAUUGAAUGUGACGGCCGAUCAUUGUAUCUGUCAAGACAACCUGUACCUCCCCAAUACCAGAGGGGAGGCAAUAAGGCAGCUAUGGGUCUGUCCUGUCCUGUAACCUGCUCUCCUUCUGUGUUGAAAAAUGCUGAGUAGUAAGACUAGCAUGGGUGUGCCAAAGCCUCCUGUAUUGUGCCUGUGUGCCGCUGUGUAUUGUUGCCCGUCUGUAGUUAAACACUUCUGCUCAGUUCCAAGGCUGUUCUGUACUCCAGAGGUGCUUUUUUUCGUUCAUAGACCAGACAUACUAUUAGAGGCAAUAGGAACCCAUACCAGAGUUUGUGUUUGUGUGUGUGUGUGUGUGUGCGUGUGUGCGUGCACCGUUAGAGAUUGCAGUGUGCGCAUGUGUGUGUGUGUGUGUGUGAUAGUUGGUGCAUAACGACAACAAGAACGGCAUCAUCAUCGCAUCUCGUCACCUGUCGCAGCAUUUUUCCAUGUCUAUGAGUAUUACUCCACGUGUAUUUAAGAAAUGCAUAAUUGGCAUCAGGACGGCCCUUACUAAUCCUUAAACCCGGUAUGUGUUCACACCUUAAUUGUGAAUGGAUCUUGUGACUAAUCCAUGGAGAAGUUAUGUCCCACACAAGACUCUAUGCCUUUUCUAUCUCAUUAACUCACUCAAUCCGAGUACUGUUAGGCUGAUAAUGAAUUUGUCUUAAUGAACUUGACUGAUGCAGGCAUUGUACAGGCAGCAAGAUAAUGUCAAAGCACUUGGCUGGCUCCACAGUUAAUGUGUGUGUGCAUGUAUGCGAGUGUGUGUCUGUGUGUUUGUGUGUGUGUGUGUGUGUGUGUGUGGGUAUAUGCGCCUGCUGAGAUUUACUGAAAUUCAGCGGGGAGGCGGAUGGUGGGUUGCAAGCACUUAGUCUGAUUGGCCAAAUCACAAGUAAAAAAAACAACAACAAAAACAUUCUUGGUUACCAUAGCAAUAGGAGCACCAACAACGAGCCUCCCAGCUCUCGCGCACACACGCAGUUGUUUACAGUAUUGCCAUUUUUACAGACUAUAACCGUCUUCUGAAACAUGACGGCGUUAUGGUUUGAUUAUGGGAUCGUGUGUGUGACUGUGUGUGUGUGUGUGUUUAGAUAAACUGAAGCCAUAGAUUGUCAUUAACAAGACAAAAAUAUCCUCUGCGUGUGCAUUCCCCCCCCCACGCCCCCUCCCCCCCCACCAGUUGUAGUGUCCCGACUGAUUAGAGACCAACUCAGAGACUAUUUUUGAUACCAAGUGUUUGGGAUUUGGUACCACUGUCUUUAUUUGUGUUUUUAGUUAAAGCACCUUGAAGCCCUCCUAUAGCUCGAGCGGCUGUGUAUUGUCUGUGUUUGUGUUUACUGUAACAACAUGUUUUGUCAGUCCAGU